GAUUCCACCGAGAGGCGACUAUGGCGGAAAAGUGGUGUUACGAAGCGAAAAAUAUUUGCCUUGCCUUGUGAAUUUAUUCCAGGAGUGUUGAACGAAGCAAAGCAGAUAAUUAGGCUGUGCCCGCCGGGCUCCUUCGUAGAAAAACUGCAAAACGUGCGGACUUAUUGUGCACAAUUUGUGGAAACAGAUGUAAGUUCUAGUAUUCAAUCCAGACUAGCUGAUUGCUCAAAAGUUGCCGAGGAAGGUGUGUGUUUGUGUGACUUCAUUGUCGAAAAUGAGCUCAGCACACGGCGGUAGAAGAAGGCCGCUUAACAGGACAACGUCUUCUUCAGAAGACCAGGCCUUAAAUCAAAUUGCUCGUGAGGCAGAAGCACGUCUUGCAGCUAAAAGAGCAGCCCGAGCAGAGGCACGGAGUAUUCGUUCAAAGGAGCUUGAAAGGCAACAACAGGAAGGUGGAAAUGGUGAAGAUGAUGAACAGGUUAUAAAUGAGGAGCCACCCAUCCCACCUGCUAGAAAGAAGAAUCCAGUGGCAAGAUCAAUAUCUACAGGAUCUACAAGUGUUAGUACUGUUCAAAGGGACCAGAGCUUAGACAUGAAUGGGCCAUUGGUGCCAGAGAAAGUUCUGAAAAGUCUUCAGGAAAACUUGAAAGAAACUGAAGACAAGUACAGAAAGGCGAUGGUUUCCAUUGCGCAGCUGGACAAUGAGAAGCAAGCUCUACUGUAUCAAGUGGAUUGUCUGAAAGACAGAUUGGUGGAAGAGGAGGAGAUUUCAGGUGAAGUUAGAGCUGAAUGUAAAGAAAAAACAAAGGAAUGCAGUAGGUUCGAAAAGACCAUAAAAAGCAGUGAAGAAGAAAUUCAACGACUUAAGGAAGCCAUCGAGUUUAGAGAUAAUUUCUUGGCGGAGCGAGGCCUUUCCUUGUACGAAGACCAAUAUCUGAAAGAUGGUGAAGAUGAGGAAACUAGCACAGUUACUCUCAGAGAUGCUCUUAGUUUGGCUGUACCUGAUGAAACAUCUUCGGAUCGAAGCAGUGUAUCUGAACCACCAAAGAGUCGUUCAAACAGUCGGCGGCCAUCUUUGUCAGAUGAAAAGGAUGUUUUAGUUUUACAGAUAAAAAAUCUUCAAACAGAGGUAGCAUCUCUGAAGAGAGAAGAUAUUGAGACACCCAAAGCAAUAACGGCAGAUUUAGAGGAACUUAGAAGAGAAUUUAGUAGGCAAAUAAAUGAUUUCAAAAUAAAGCUGCAAAAAGCAGAGCAGGACAAUGCGCGGCUUGAAGGACUUGUGGCGAGACUAGAAAGUCAAGUGAAGCGUUACAAGUCUCAGGCGGAGGCCGCG